GAGACUUAAGCAUGUCUGGCAGAGGCAAGGGAGGCAAAGGUCUGGGGAAAGGAGGCGCCAAGCGUCACCGUAAAGUUCUCCGUGACAACAUCCAGGGCAUCACUAAACCCGCCAUCCGCCGUCUGGCUCGCCGUGGCGGUGUGAAGCGUAUCUCAGGUCUGAUCUACGAGGAGACCCGCGGUGUGCUCAAGGUUUUCCUGGAGAACGUGAUCCGUGACGCCGUCACCUACACCGAGCACGCCAAGAGGAAGACCGUGACUGCCAUGGACGUGGUGUACGCGCUCAAGAGACAGGGACGCACUCUGUAUGGUUUCGGAGGUUAAACGCUACUCCACGAAUUAAACCUCAACGGCCCUUUUAAGGGGAUAAACACUUAGCAUCAUUAGCAUCAUUAGCGAGUCUUCACUCCACAUCGGCUAAAACUCUGGUA